UUACUUAUGUACAAUAUUUGAUUUUUAUUACUGUUUUUUUUUUGUACGCGUGUUUUGUACUCUUUGGGAAAACUUACCAUGGCGACCAACACGCCUCCGUCGUGUUCCGGCACCAUGACAACUGUCCUCGGUCGAACGAAGCUGGUUGGACCUCUGUCGCCUUGUUUUAUCAAAGGACCAACGAAAUUGAUUAUACCCUAUACUCGGGACUCGUUUGAACACCAUCACUCCAAAUUCGCAAGACGAAUGCUGAUUGAUCUCGAGAGCUUAAACAGAAGUAAAGAACUUCCGAAUUCGGUUCCGCUGAAAUCUGAGCAAAACGAGAAGAUGGCGAUGUGCAACGAGCUGCGCCAACUCAAGCACGAUGAGAUAAUAGAACGCAAACGUCGAAUACAACUGCGUCAAGAUUGUCACGAACUGCGAGAGCUGGCGGAGCAGUUGAGAGUAGCCCAUAUUAACAAGGAUAUUGCCGAAAGCAUGGAACUUGGUGAGAAACGGAGGCAUGCGGAGAAAUUAGAAAGGGCGGAGAGUGCCAAGUGUGCCGAGAAGGAGCGCUUGAAGAUAUUGGCCAUGGAGCGGGAGAAGGAAAUGAAAAGGAAGGAAGAGCAACAGAAAUUAUAUGCAACACUCUCGAAUCAAGUCGAUGAGACAAAGCGUCGACUGCAGAUGGAAAGACAAGAAAAGAUUGCGGAUCGAGAGCAACGUUUAACAUUGCAGCAAAUCAUAGAGGAGGAGAAAGCAGAGCAGCUAAAGGCGCAGCAACGAAAGAUUGAAAAUCGCAAGGAAAUGCUGCAAUAUAUUGAAGAACAAAAUCGUAACAAAGAACGUCAGAGGGCUCUGGAAAGGGAAGAUUUUCAAACGGCAGAACUAUCCAAGCUUAUUUAUGACGAGAGGAAGGCCAAAAUUAAAACAGAAAUGUUGGAGGCACAGCGCAAGCAUCAGGCGAUAAGCAUGCGAAUCGGCCAGCAAGUCUACGAAAUUGAGAGCCAAAAACGCCAACGCGACAGGGUGCUGACCGAUCUGCUGCAGGAGGAGUACAAGGCUAGACAGGACGCACGCUUCCGGCAGCAGCUCGAGCAGCAACAGGAAGAUCGCAUGCGAGUUCGAAAGGAAUUGGAGCGCUAUCGUCACGAGCUCAUGCAACGCAACCUGGAGAAGGAGCGCCUAAAACGCGAAGAGAUUGCCGCUAGCAAGCUCGAAUCUUACGAUGUAAUGGAGGCCAAGCGGAUAGAAGAUGAGAAAGCAAAAUAUCAGGAGCGCAAGAAGUAUGGUAACAUGCUCUUGUCAAUGAUGGAAGAGAAUCAGCGUAGACGUGCCGAGGACACGGCUGAAAACGUACAAAUAUUCGAUAUGCUGGCAAAGGCUGAAGAAGAACGGCAAACAUGCAUUCAGGAGGAACGUCUCAGAAUGCUAGGCAGUGUGCCACAGUCUGUGCUUCGCUACCUGCCUAAAAAUGCUUUAACUAAGGCAGAUCGUGAGCAAAUAGUAAUUCCAAAACGGCCGCAGCAAUUUGGUGAGACAUGGAAAGCUAGUCGAGAACAAACGAACAUACUCAAAAGACAACACCUUGGCGGGGGCGAUUCAUAAAAUGAAAUACCAUGACAUGGCCUUAACUUAUUGCUGAGGCUAUUUUAAAUUCCAAAUAUAAUAACUAAAAUCUUCA